AGCUCAGGCACAGCCUCCUCCGGAGCUGCUCCUGACCAGAAUGAACUCCUAUCCCGAAUUUCCCACCUGGAGGUGGAAAACCAAAACCUUCGCAGUGUUGUUGCAGACCUCCAGAUGUCCAUCUUCAAGCUGGAGAGUCGCCUGAACGCUCUGGAAAAAUCCUCUUCAUCCCACCAACCCUCACCAGUUCCUCCAACCCAGGUGUCUCCUUCCAAAAAAGUGGAGCUGCCAGCAAAGAAACCUGUUCCAGCUGCUCCUGAGGAAGAUGAGGAUGAUGACAUUGACCUUUUUGGGAGUGAUGAUGAGGAGGAAGACCAGGAAGCAGCCAAGGUCCGGGAGGAGAGGCUGCGGCAAUACGCGGAGAAGAAAGCCAAGAAACCUGGACUGGUGGCCAAGUCUUCCAUCCUCCUGGAUGUGAAACCUUGGGAUGAUGAGACCGACAUGGCCAAGAUGGAAGAGUGUGUGAGAUCCAUCCAUAUGGAUGGACUGGUCUGGGGAGCAUCCAAACUGGUCCCAGUAGGUUAUGGCAUCAAGAAACUCCAAAUCCAAUGCGUCGUGGAGGAUGAAAAAGUGGGAACAGACAUCCUGGAGGAGGAGAUCACCAAGUUUGAAGACUAUGUGCAGAGUGUGGACAUUGCUGCUUUCAACAAGAUUUAG